GAAAUCUUAUUUUUCAAAAAUAUUAAAUGUGAGUUAAACGACCAGUUGUUAACGCUAGACGAUGAUGUUGAUGCCUACACCCCAGAAAUUGAUGACAUGAGAAAUCGAAAUUCUUCGGAUUCGAUACCAAAUCUACAAAACUUGAGUGCAAUAAAUAAUUGGUCGGAUCAUGAUUAUUCAUUACCUUUUGAGAAAGUUUAUGAAGAUAUAAAUAAUAACUCUACUGAGAUUUUCCAUUCUACUAUUGAUACAGAUCAACAAUCAUUUGAUAAAGCGCAUAAUCAUACAACUGACUCGAAAGAUCCUGAUUAAGUGCCAGAUAUUAAUCGAAGUCAAGAGUCAAUAACUCAAAAUCUAAGUGAAGAAGAUAUUUCAAGGAAUGCUAUAGUUGAAAUGGAAUCUAAUGUAAUGAAAAAUGUCACUCCUUCAGCGUUUGAAAAUGGAGAUGUUGAAUCAUAUCAAAUAAUCUUAGGAUCGGGCGCUCCUGACCCGUCUAAGAUGCAUGUGAAAGAUACUAAAGAUGAAAAAGAACAUUAUUGUGGUUUUUGCAAUAAAAAAGUCUAUCGAUAUGGUAGACACUUGGCAGUUCAUGAAAAAAUUCCUGAAGUUGCUUUAAUUUUAAAAAUGGAAAAAAAGAGUAAACAGCGCAAAGCGGCAAUUGAUAAUCUGCGAAUAGCUCACGAUUCAAAAUGAAACAAUGAUUCUACUGUCAACGAUGGAGAGUUGAUUGUUUUACGGCGUCCAAACAAACCAAAAGUACUAGAAAAUAAUGAGAAGCAAAUUAAAAUUCCUGAUGAAGUGCCGAAAGAAAAUGAAUCGGGGAAUGAAGAGUCAAAUGACCUAGAAGGAAUUCAAGAAAAUCCUGUCGAUAAAAUAACUAAGAAAGAAAAUGUCAAAAACAUCAUGACUCCUAUGGAUUAUACCUUAUGUCCUGAUCGUAAAGGAUUUGUAAGGAUUUCAAAUGUUUGGCAUCAUUACAAAAGAUGUUUGAGACGUAAAAAUAAACCUACAAAAACUGACAGUGUUUUGCCUUUAAGUAGAAUGCUAACUGGUCGAAUUCAUUAGUAUGCUAAUAAUAUUGUGAAACGUGACAUUUUCCCAUAUUUACGUGACGACAACAUUACAGCUGCUAUCAGAUAUGAAGAGUUGGUCAUUUUGUACGCUAAUGAACUCGCUGAAAAAUUUCCAUCGCCAGAAGAUCACGCUAUGAUCCGCCGAAAAUUGCGUAUGUUAGGUAGAUUUAUCACAGCAGCUAAUAAAAUUUCAGUUCCUGAAAAGCAUAGCUUAAUGUCUUUGCUGUCGCCUAAAAACUUUCAACUGUGCAUAAAAGCUGUGUAUGAUGUAGCUGGCUACAAUGAAAAAGAACGUUCUUUCACGGCAACUUUCAGUGUUCCACUGCAGUUGCAAUUGGUACAUCACUUAAAUAUAUUGCUGAGUUUUUAAUAACGGUUUAUAUUCAGAGAGAAGAUAAUCCAAAUGAAAAACAAACUGAAAAUUUUAUCAAAUUAGCAAAUAAAAAGUUUGAAAUUAUCAACCGAAUAGCAGCAGAAACUUUAGCAAAAAGGAAACGAAACAAAAUAAUUAAUCUUCCUAGCUGCGCUGACAUUGAAAAAAUGACAGAUUAUUUAGAGGAAAAGCGUAAGACUGCUUAUGAUUCACUUCAAAUCGAAUAUUCAUAUCGAGCUUGGCUUGAGCUCCGUGAAAUGAUAUUUUUGCUAUUACAAAUUUUUAAUCGAAGGAGACAAGGUAAAAUCUCGAAAGCUGAAAUCGAAGAAUUUAAAAAGUGCACAAGUAUAGAUGGCCAAACGAAUAAGGACACAUUUAAUUCACUCAAUGAAAAAUGUAAAGACCUUGCUAGAACGUUUUUUCAUUUUCAAAUUCACGGAAAAUUGCAACGUACUGUUCCAGUUUUGGUCCAUAAAGGAAUAUAUGAAAGUCUUCAGCUCUUUUUAGAUUUGCGUGGAACCGCAGGGGUUUCUCCUGAAAAUCAAUUUAUUUUUGGUUUACCAGGAUUAACUGAUAAACGUGAGAGGCGCUUACACGCUUAUGCUGUGAUGUCGAAACACUCUGUUUUAUGUGGUGCUGAUGAUCCUUCGUCCCUGCGUGGAACUAAUUUGAGGAAACAUAUUGCUACUUUAUUAGCAGAAUAUAAUUUUUAUGAUAGCGAUUUGACUGACUCAGCUAAUUUUUUAGGUCACGAAGAAAAGAUACAUAAGAGUCAUUACUGUCAACGGACAAACCGGGAGAUUCUGGUAGUUUCUCAGUUUUUAGAAAGAGGGAGUAAGCCUUUGAACCCUCGUACAGACCUAAGUGAUAUAUCUGAAAAUAAUUCUCAACAGAAUAGUACAAUUGAUUCUGUAGAAGAAACACACGUAAGAAAACGUUGUGCUACAGAGUCAUUAUCACCAGAAAUUUCAAUUAAAAAACAAAAAAUUUCCAGGCAAAAUCCUAAAAAAAUUGAUAAAAGCAAAAAAAAACUAUUCAACGAAAAGCGUGGACUAAGAAGGAAAAAAAUUUAUUGAGAGAAAAAUUUGGUACUCUCAUCCGUAGUCAUGCUUAUCCACCUUUGAAAGAAAUUAGGGAGAUGCUUAAAGAAAAUCCAGAUGUUUUUGGAGAAAGAACGGAAGCUCAAAUAAAAACUUUGUUUUUCAAAUUUAUAUAAACAUAAAAAAUAAUUUGAUGAGUGACCACAUUUCUUUACUUCUCAUAUUAACAAAUAUGUCCUACUAUAACUUAUAAUAUAUUAUUUUUUAUUCUUAUUUAUUUUGAAUUUACCUUCAUUUAAAAAAUUAUAGCGAUUGUUAUAAAAAAUAUAGUAUAUGAUGUUUAUU